UGUGCUCAGGAUAGGGGGGUGAAUGAGAUUGACGAAGAGUUCUUGUUCUGUAUCUCAGUUUUUCUCUUUAUACUCAAAUUAAAUAGUGGGAAAAAUUAUCGGGAAAUUCACAUCAUAUGCAAUGGAGUGUAUUUGGAUAUUAAGUGGAUAAAUACACGCUCUGGGCGUUUUUCGGUGAAGAAGUACUACGGUGUUUGUAAAUAUUUAUUUAAAUAAUUUGUGUGAGAAGAGCAGGGUUGGCUGCUGCUCAAGUGAGUAAAAGAGGAGGCUGCCACCCCCUCAAUGCAAAAUUGGAUGGUGUUCAAAACUGAAGACUGUGUGAAGGCUGAAAGCUGUCCAGGACUGAGCUUCCGACAGAAGGGAUCAAUGAUGGAAUUACAGACCCUCCAAGAGGCCCUGAAAGCGGAUAUACAAGUUCACCAGAAACUAGUGUCCCAGAUGAAACAGGAUCCACAGAAUGCUGAUUUGAAGAAGCAGCUCCAUGAACUUCAAGCCAAGAUCACAGCGUUAAGUGAGCAGCAGAAGAAGGUGGUGGAGCAGCUGAGGAAAGAGCUGCUGGUUAAACAGGAUCAUCCGGAGGUCCAGGCCCAUCAGCAGCCCCAGCACCCAGUGCAGCCUGAUGGGAAGGCCUCUGCCCUGCCUAACCUCCACACCCCACCCUCCCUGCCCUCGCCUGACAAACUGAGCACGCCACAGAACACGAUGACGAUCACCCCGGUCAUCGCCACUAAGACUCUACCUCUGGUACUGAAAGCUGCCACCGCUACCAUGCCUGCUUCCGCCGUGACGCCGCGACCCUCCGUCACCAAGGUCACAGCCAUCAGCAACACGCCCAAGGCCAGCAUAGGUCACCCUGACUCACUGAGUGCACCUAUCAACCUUCAGACAUCCAGCAAGUUGACCAAUCAGGGAAUGGAGCCAGUUCGGAUAGUCUCCAAGAACACUAUUGUUGUGCAGGCCACUGCCCAGCCUAUCAAAGUUCCUCAGUUUAUCCCUCCACCUAGACUGAUGCCUCGACCUACCUUUGUACCACAGGUCCGACCAAACCCAGCCACACCCACUUCCACGGUGCCCAUCGCCCCUGCGCCCCCUCCUCCCAUGCUGGCUGCCCCUCAGCUCCUCCAGCGGCCUGUCAUGUUGACCACCAAGCUGACCUCCACCUCACUGGCCUCCACCACCGGGCCCAUCCACCAGGUACGCAUUGUAAACGGCCAGCCCUGCGCCAGCAUCACCAAGACCCUGCCAUCUGCCCAGCUGACUGGCAUCGUCAUCACCUCGCCAGCCACCAUUACGGCCACCACCCCCCUGGCAACACAUCAGACCCUUCAGAUCAGAAGCCUCAGCCCUGACACCAAGACUGUUAAAGCUCGGGGUGUUACAGAGCCGAAGACAUCGGGCAGUGCGCCCUCCUCCCCUUCACACACCACUAGAGGCACCCCUCCACCCCUGAUGAGGAACAAAAGAGAGGACAACCCCCAGAAACUUGCCUUCAUGGUGUCCUUGGGACUUGUGACAUAUGACCAUCUGGAAGAGAUCCAGAGUCGGAGGCAGGAGCGUAAGCGGAGAACGACAGCAAACCCAGUAUACAGUGGAGCAGUGUUUGAGCCGGAGCGUAAGAAGAACGGCGUCACAUACCUGAACACUCCUCUACACCAAGGCACCAGGAAGAGAGGUCGCCCACCCAAAUACAGCAGUGUUCCUGAGCUGGGUCUUCACACCCCAACAUCCCCCACCAGCAGUCAUUCCGCCUCCCCGGCCCACCACCGGCCAGAGAGGGGGGGCUCUCACUUCCCCGUCCACCCCCACACCCUCCCACUGCCUAGCCCCAACUCCGGGGAUGGAGACAUCCAUGAGGACUUCUGCACUGUGUGCAGGCGCAGUGGUCAGUUGCUCAUGUGUGACACAUGUGCACGUGUUUACCAUCUGGACUGCCUCGCUCCACCUUUGAAAACCAUUCCCAGGGGCAUGUGGAUCUGCCCCAAAUGUCACGACCAGAUUUUGAUGAAAGAUGAGGCAAUCCCAUGGCCUGGAACCCUCGCUAUCGUUCAUUCCUACAUUGCAUAUAAAGCAGCUAAAGAGGAGGAGAAGCAGAAACUGGUGAAGUGGAGCGUGGAACUGAAGCAGGACAGAGAACAGCUAGAACAAAGGGUCAAACAGCUGAGCCAAUCCAUAACAAAAUGCAUGGAGAACAAGAACACUAUCCUGGCCCGUCAGAGGGACAUGCACAACUCCCUGGAGAAGGUCAAGGGCCUGGUGCGUCUCAUCCAGGGCAUCAACUUCUGCCCAUCCCCCGAGGUCUCGCCGCCAGCGGUCCAGACCAGCAUGACUAAUGGAGGAACAGACUGUGCCAGUGCUGACCACACGGACGACACAAGUCCUGAGGAUCACAAGAACAUGACUAACAAUAGCGGUGACGACCUGAACAACAACACGGACGGGGCGACAGAGGAGGAAGAGAAGAAAGAGGACGUUAAAGAGAUUGACAACCUCAACAGCAGCAGCCUUGGCAAAACCUUAGAGCCUCCCCAGACUAUAGCACCGGCCCUUGUGGAUGUAGCAGAGGGGGCCAAAUAACACCCACCCACCAAGUCCAGGGACAGGAACAGGAACCCCCAAAGAGAGGGAAAGAAAAAGAUAAAGCACCCCAUGAAGUUGCCAAUCGAUUAACACACACCAACAUAUAUAUUUUUUGGGUCGUUGUUAUUGUAGUUGUGUAUUAUCGGAUUGUCUGAGAGGACAUGCGUUAUGAGUAUCUGAACGAGAAAUGGAAAGGGACGAAGGAGGGUGACUUAUGUACCAGUGGGAUGCCAAUCGAGGUCAAAGAUUAUUAUUCAAGUCUGAUGAUAUUGACGCUCUUACUAAUAAUAAGGAUAUUGUUAAUAGUAAUAAACAUCACACCAAUGUGUGCCUCCAAUAGUCGCCAUGGCGUCACUUUGUGGGGAUGGUUUCUUAGGGUGUCUUAGUCUGCAGCUUCAGGGGAGAUGGAUCCGAGAUGUCCAAAGACAAGACCUGCCCGCUCGCCUGAAGAUCCACCACCUACACCACACCAGAAACAAUUGGAUCAACCAAAACACCAUAACAGCCAUUUGGAAUUUAAAAACUACGAGGGGACGAGGUUUUUGUUUGCUGCAGUAUUUGUCAAGAGUUUUGAAAAUCACUAUAAAGUAUAUGAUUAGUCCCAAAUCACACUUUUUGUCUUACAGGAGCUCCAGCUCACCUCCAUCCAUCUAUCCCACCUGUCCCAUUACAACCACCAACAACUCUGACAAUACAGCUUAAAGUAACAUCACAGGACAGAUGAUGGAUCAGCAUAGGGUUAGCCUCGCGUUCAAGUUGUGUCCACUGUCACCUCAGUGCUGCCCAACAGACAGCCAGACAGACCGGCUACAUUGGGAGGAGCCCAGCAUUCGGCUUAAGAUCUGUGGUCUUCAGCUGCAUCAUAUGGACUCAUUGCAUGCUUCAUUGACAUUGGAGGUGUUUUUCUUUUCAAGGUCACCUUAUCAUGACUUGUGUUGCGUUGUCCAUUUUCCAUUGUGGCUGAACCUAGCAUUCCUUUUUGCUUGUUGAGAAUAUGAUUGACUAAUUUGUUGAGUGAUACAUUCAGAGACAUAGCACGAAAGUGGCUGCAUCAAUAUUCCAUUUGAAUGGUAGAGGCCAUGUGAAUGCAGCUCUAGGCAUGCAUGGGGAUUUAGCAACUAUCAGUUCAGAUAUUGUCUGAGAGGUUUUUUGUGUCCGUUUGUUAUGCCCCUGGGAUCUGUUGCUGAAGGAAACUAACAAUUUAUUCUGGGGGAAUCUGUUUAUAUUCAGGUCUUCCUAGUUUUCAAACAUCGAGAUAUGCUUCUUCAAAAGUGCUUUUCUGUUUCGCAUUACUUUGGUUUCUUAUGAAAUAUAUUAGAACUGGAAAAUACUUUGUAAAUAGCUUUCUUUCUUUUUUGAUGUUCCUUGCAAUUGAAUUAUCAUUCAAUAUGCUGAAUUCAUAACUGCCAAAUGCUAUUGUAUCCAAAUACAGCAGGGAAACAGUCCUAUUUUCUUAUAGUAAUGUUUUUUAAGGUUUCAAUUAGGAGUCCCCAUAGAUAGGCACAAAUUUUGCAUGGCCGUUACAUGCAUACAAAAGAGAGUGUGGCAGUGACAUUGUUCCGAAUGUUUUUUGGAGAAACUGUCAGGAACCCUGUAGGAAAAGCACAAACUUGUUGGCAAAAUAAACUGGAACCAAACCACACACCCUCAUCCUGCCAUAAACAUGUCUAAAGUAAAUAUGAACAUUUUCAUUCUUUAUAUUUUACACCACAACACUGACAAGUCACUUUUCAUUUUACACUUUUGUACAGUGUGUGUAGCUUUUGUUUAGAACCUGCCAUUGUUCAUGUUUAAGUCCUUAGUUGCAAUGAUAUGUAGAUAUAUUAGUUGUGAAACACUUGAGAAAGUAGGGACAUUUAAAUGGAAAUGAAGGAAUAGGUUGCCAGUAAACAUAUCCUUUCAUCACAGCCUACUUGCUGUACUACAGCAUACGGUACGGGUUCCCCCGGGGUGCCUUUUUCUAGAGAGUUUGAAGGCUUUCAUAUUUUCUCUGACAUGAAAUGACCAACCGUGUUUUAGACAGAUUAAGUUUGAAAAAAUGGUUUCAAAAUAAAAGAUCUGCAUAAUAAUGCAAUUAACUGGAAAGCACAAGAGAAGAUGCAAAGCGAUUUUAAUCUAUAGCCAGAUCAAAAGGAAAGCAUUAGUUAAAGAAUAAGUGAUGGCCCAGUCCAAUGUCUUGUGUUGAGGCCACUCUUCCUUUUGGCCUGCAGUACUUGUCAUCGUAUAGCAAUUGCCUUAAGAAAUUCUUGCUCCUUGUGAAGAAACUGUGUUCGGUGUAUUGUUGGUCUCGUUUGAGUGUCACAAAAAAAUUCUGUGAAUUAUGGAAAUAUUGUCUAUUUGUGAUGAACCACUUCAGGAAAUCUACUUCUCUUUGCACAGAACUGAGAUGAUAGGCUAAAAUUGGAAUCUAUUGUUUUCACAAGGGCUCAGUUGCUCUGAGCCAUCAUUUAAGAGAGUUCUGAUUUAGUUUUGACUUGACUUGCCAGUGUAUGAAAAAUAAGGAUUGUGAUUUGAACUACUAUUUGAGUUUUCCCUCUACCAAGUCCCUCAAAUACAAGCAAUUAGCAAAUAUUAUAAUGCACCUUUGGUUGAACACUCAACAGUGUGAUAUCCUUUAGGUCUCUCCUGGCUGUACAUUUGCCAUCUUCACAGGGCAAGAUGCAAAUGAUAAAAGUGACAGCAGUGAUGACACACACUUACCAUGAAUAUGUAUAAUUAGGGCCUGAUUUCCAAGCUUUUGAAAUAUUUCCAGAAUAUUGUUAAAUCAUUUACAUUUUAUUCUUCAUCGUAUCUUUAUAAUCCUUUUUUUUAUGUAUUUAAUUGGACCUUUUGGUGCAGAAGCUUAGACAAUGUGGCUCUCAGUGCCUCAAUAACGCAAUAGAAACAAUAAGGCUCUCAGCAAAUACACUCCCCUAUCUGUGCUCAGCAUGGUGAUCCCAACAACAAAACUACAGCUGUCAAAACCUCAACAAAUCUAUGCCUACAUAUGCAAAUAGAUUGUAUGGACAUGAUUAUACUUAUAAAAACCAUUCCUACUUUUCAUAUAUUUAGAACAGAAUUUUGCCCUUUCCAACCUUGGUAACACUUUACUUUAAGGUGCCUUUCAUAAAAUAUGUAUAAGUAGUUUAUAGACUGUUAUUUAGUAGUUUAUAGAUUUUAGUUUAUAACCCAUUAUAACUAAUAAGUAACACUUUAUAGACCAGUGAUGAAGGGUAUAGGGUACCUUAAUGUAGAGUGUUACAGCAGCAUAUUGAAAACUACAGCUGUACAAUUAAAUGUUUUGUGUACUGUAUUCGUACCCCAAUUACUCGUGUAGGAAAUGCAAUAUUCCUAUCAAUUAGUGACUUUUAUUGGAUCAUAACUUUGAAGGCAAAGUGCUGAAUAUUAUGGGCGUAAUUGUUUUUAUUUUCUGAUUUAGGAAGGAAAAUAGGGGAGGAUGUGGUACGGCCAACUCAAAUAUUGUGUAGUGCUUUGUGCUGUGAAAGAAAUGUCAUGUUGUCAUGUUGUGGUAAAAAAAAAAAAAAUGGAAACGACAUUAAUAUCCAAAGAAUGAUUUUAAAGCCUUUUUUAUUUCCCAUUUAUGAUGUACACCAGCUAAAUAAUAUUCACAACGAGAGCAACCAAUUAGGAAGCCAAUAUUGAGUAGAUUCUUCAUCCAUACCAGUGUAUUACUUUGGAUUCUCUGCAUAUCUUGAUUAGUUCUGAAAACAGCUGUUCUCAUGCUAUAUCAUGUCACAUCUGUGGCCUUCAAGUAUUCUAGUUGCAUUUCAUUGCAAUCAAUAUGGAGACCCCCCCUUUCUUGUAACCACUGUCCCACCUCUAACUUCAUGCACUCAUAUCAUUUCAUUCAUUUAGAAGGCUUUUUCUCAACGUAAAGUAUUCUUCCUCUUUUUGUUAAGAUGCAUUGUAGCAAAUCAAGCAAGUCAAAGGCACUACUGUGCCGAAUAUAGUGUAAAUGGUUUAUUACACAAACUGCAUACUCUCUUGUAAUAUUUGUCAGUUGUAUUUUUUCACAGUUUUUUUAAAGAAGUAUUUCUUUAUUUUUGACUACGGUUUUGUUACCAAUCCUUUUUGUUGCCUGUGAUCCACUGAUUUCCUUUACCUCUUUCCUGUACUUUAGUUAUUUUAUGUAGCUAUUUGUAUGCAGUGUUUGGCAAAUUCCAUUGCAGUGUCAGAGUAAGUCAAGAUUUUUGGAGCAUUCGAUCAAUUUGUAUUUAUUUAUUUGACCAUUUUUAAAUAAAAUUACAAAGUUGUAA